AUGUCGAGCACAAGCGGUCGAACUGCGGCUCGGAGCUCGACUAGGCAACGCUCUGCGCAGCAUGGGACUCGAGCUCCUUCGGAACCCAACGGCCGAUCCAUCAACCGCACUGCCGCUUCAACUUCAGGUUUCUCGGCUCAAGCGACGUCAGAAGAUGAAGACUGGGUGUUGGCAGUGAUAGAUUCACGAGGUGUGGGACGUGAGAUUGGCGUCGUCGGGAUCGAACGCGCUCUAGGUCAGGUCGUCAUCACCCAGGUUAGUCUGCCGGGCCCACGAGCGGCGGCCCCGAAAGUAUCAUCGGCGUGUUGUUUAUGAGCCCCAGGCGAAACGACGAGCCAACUCGACUGCCCUCCACCUUGCAGUUCAGCGACUCGCCUACUUUCGUUAAACUUCUACACUACUGCACCACUCGACCGCCGUCAUUGAUCCUGGUACCAUCGUCGGCUCUGUCGGCGCACAGUAGCGAGGGCCCCGGCAAGCAGACCGACGCCACUGGUCGAGGUGGGAUGCAGCGCGUAUCGAACGAAAGGGAAGCCGGAACGAGCAUGGUGCAUCUGCUACGUGACUCGUUCAAAGGGAUUCCCGUUAUCGGUGUGCUGCGCAAAUACUGGGACGAGCAGGUGAGUACGGCCUAUGAGCAGAGCCGAGUGAGUCGGCUGCGCAUACCAAUGUGGCUCAAUGCUCAUGACCUAGAUAAUUUUACUAGGCUGGCUUUGAGUUUAUCACACAAUUGAUGGUCCGAGACGAAGGGCGACAUGCGACCAUACUCGCCGCUAAACCCAAGCAAGUGACGGCGUGGCCCCACAGACAUUUCCGCGUAGUAGAGCCGGCGAGCUGACGAUGGUCGGGCUCCUGGUUCGGAAGGUACUACGCUCUGGCGGCUACAUCGGCACUCUUCAAAUAUCUCGAAAUGACCUAUUCAGUUGUGUUCUCACCUCGCUCGCUUCGCAUCACCUACGCGCCGGUCGAAGGAACGUGUCUCAUUGACGUCGAGACUGCAGCGAACCUGGAGCUCGUAGCCAAUGUAAGCUCUGAACGACCUCAUAAUUUGCUCACUGUGUGAAAAUUCUGUACUGAAAGAAGGGGCCACGAUGCAGAUGAUCAACAAAUAUUCGCAGCAACAUCUACUUGGCAUGAUGAGCUCCUGUUUGACACCUAUGGGCCAUCGUCUGGUACGUUGUCCUCUCAAGGGAACAUGUUGGCGUAGCGGGAUAGCUGAGAGUACUUGUCUGGUGGCUCUUGCUUCUCGAAUACCAGUUACGUACCAACCUGCUAUCGCCUCUCACAGACACCUCCGUGAUCGACACCCGCCUGGAUGCCGUGAGUUGAUCUGAAGCAUUCGCAGCCUCAAGGUAGAAAUAAUACUCAUGUGACAGGUUGGGGGUCUCGAACAGGUUGAAGAAUUUGUGAACAAAGAAGAGCGACUCACGUCCGUUCGCAAGUCACUGCAACCGUAAGGACCGUCAUCUUCGAGCGCACCAUUCAGGCUGGUCUCACUUAAACUGUCUGUUUAUGCGUCUCUUCAUAUCAUGCCUAUCAUGCCGCUAGACUACGAGCCCUCGACUGUGACAAGCUUGUGGGGCAAUUGACAACUCCAAAGAGGGCAGAGAAGCGCGGGUGGGGCCAUUCAUCGAUCUCAACGCCAGAUCCGGCCCUGGACGCCGAAACCAAGAUUGCUCGGCUUCUGUCACUUCGAUCCGUGCUUUCCGCCCUUCCAGGGAUCCGCUCGGCCCUCCGACACAGCGAUUCGACGCUUUUGAAGUCGGUCUACUCGAUACUGAGCGAUCCUAGAGCUGUCGAAAUGCUCGGCAACAUCGCUGCGACAUUGAACGACGACGCGGUCGGACCUCAACCAGGAGGUGCGCUCAAAGUGAGGAACGCUCGCAUCUACGCAAUCAAGGCCGAGAAAAAGCUGCUACUCGAUGUCGCUCGAGAGACGUACAAGGAAGCUUUGAACGAUGCCUUUGAACGCUGCGAAGAGCUCAAGAAGCAACACGGUAUCGAUAUGACUUUGCAGUACUCGUCGGGCAACUUCGUCUACACGUGCCCCAACACGGAACUGGAGGUAAAAACUGCGCCUGCGGGCUUCAUCAACCUUGUCAGUCGGGUUGCGGAAGGGGUAGAGCAGGAGCUACUCCCUGAGCAAGCUGUCCAGAUACCUAUCCACAGACGCCGAGAGGGAACAAGAUCGAGUUCAGUACACUGGACCUUCGGGCUCAAAGCACCAAGAUUCGUGAGACCGUCCAAGAGAUCUUCAUACUAAGUGACGAGGUGCUGGAUGAAGUCCUCGACGAGCUCCGUGGAUCAAUCGCCUGCCUUUACCGCUGCUCCGAGGCAAUUGCCAUGUUAGAUAUGGUUGCCUCAUUUGCUUUACUCAGCGGCUCGGGGGAUUAUGGUUAGUUCGAUGCAUUCUCUUCGAACCUACUGGAUUUAUCUCGCUCGGCUCACCUUCGACUCCGCCGUCCGCCCCGGUAGUUAGGCCAGAAUGGACCGACACCCUGGCGAUUAAGUCGGGCCGCAACCCCUUGCACGACCACUUUCGGCUUUCCGAUGGCCCGUUUGUACCCAAGUGGGUGAACGAAAUCGAAGAUGCUAGCGUGCUUCCUGACCGUGCUCCCUCGAUUCGCUCUCCUGUGUCCGCAGUGACACCUAUGUCAGUGACGCUUCUUCAUUCCAGCUCAUCACCGGAGUCAACAUGUCCGGAAAAUCCACACUACUUCGCCAAGUCGCACUCCUGAACAUCAUGAGCCAAGUAAGUGCAGACGAUUUCAUCUUCCACUUGGAAGAGACAAAAAGUCAAUGAACUGUGCGCUCGUCCAGGUCGGAUGUUUUGUUCCUGCGACGUACGCCUCCUUUCGUGUGAUCCAUGCUCUACUGUCCCGAUUGUCGAACGACGAUUCCAUCGAAGCGGGACUGUCGACUUUUGCCAGCGAGAUGAGCACCAUGGCAAUGAUCGUGGAGGCGCUCAAGAUUUGCGGCCAGUGUCUCGUGAUCAUCGACGAGCUUGGGCGGGGUACCAGCCCGGAGGAAGGGGUCGGCAUUGCUCAUGCACUCGCAGAGACCAUCAUCGAGUCCAAGGUGCGUGGAGAAGACUCCGAUCACCAGCGCCAAUCUUUAAACGGAGAUUGAAUUAUGUUCUCUGCUACCAGGCCCUUUGCCUCUUUGCCACGCACUUCAAGGCAAGUCGUAUAGCAGUCUAAUUCACCGCGCAGACGCUGCUCACCUCCGAGUUGGUCGUCAAUGCAUAGGAGCUCGCCGUGUCGCUCUCACGCUACCCAAAUGUGGUCUCCCUGCAUCUUGAAGCAGAUGUAAGUUGAAAUUCGUUCUUUCGCCUCGAAGAUGGCAAACCUCACAGCCUGCAUCUCGGCGGUCGCAGAUCGAUCGCAGCCAAGCCGACUACUCGCUGACUUUUCAUCACCGCGUCGCCGAUGGCGCGACCAGCCUCGUACAUUACGGUAA